UUGGCAGCAGUGGCGCGAAAGAAAAACAUGAAAUCGGGCUUUCUGAGGCGAAAAAUCAAUUCCCGUGCGCUUUUGUGAGGAAAUCCCGCGCCCCGUGUGUGGAAACGCGCCCCAACAUGACCAUGUCGAUCAAGGAGCGUCCGGAGGAGGAGAUCGAGUGGAGUCCGGAGGACGAGAUCCAGCUCUUCUUCGCGCUGGACGGCCUGAAGCCCGUGGGCAUAAACAAGUACUUCUUCAUGGCCUGCAUCGCCGACCGGCUGUCCAAGGCGCUGAACCGCGAGGUGAGCACCGAGGCGAUCUGGAGCCACCUCAAGACCAUGUACAACCUGGACGCGCUGGACGAGCUGGAGCCGCUGCCCUUCCCCAACGACCAGCGCGACUUCUCGCUCCCGGACGAGUUCAGCACGCUUCUGGCCAAGAAGCGCCAGGACGUGGAGGAGGCCAGCCGCCGGCUGGACAGCCUGGCCAAGGAGGCGGCCAAGACGCCCUCGCGCCCACCCUCGGCCGCCUCCCAAGCGUCCAGCACCAGCAAGCAGCAGAACCAGAGCCGCGAGUCGCCGGCGGAGAAGAAAGCGGACGCGCCCAAGCGCGCCCCCAAGCGCACCAGGGGCUCCGCCUCGCUGGAAUCCAACAGCAGCCCCUCCACCACGCCGCCGCCCGUCGUCACGAAGCGGCGCCGAAUAUGAGCCCUGAAUUCUUCCUCAUGAUUUUCCUUCGUGUUGUUGAAAUCGCGCGCGCCAUUGAAGAGUGCCGCAAGAGUUCUCCUAUUCGGAGUUUCGAGAGAGACGAGAAGAAGGCGUUUCUCUCCUUGUUGCUUGUGAGGGGUAGCAAAUCUUGUACAUUUUAGUUUAACCUGAGAAGGCUAAUAAAUCCUUUUAUGUGAAAUUU